AUCCUCCCCUGUCUUCCCAUUCUCUCAUCCUCUCUCGUCGACUCGUCGUUUUCUCCUUUAAACGCUCCUUAAGCUGUCCCCCCUCUUCUUUUUCUCUUCCUUUCAUUUCUUCUUCUUCUUCUUUCUCCUCCACCAGGUUGAAGUUCUACUUGGGCGGCUCCACGGGCAUGCUAGGAGAGGCUUAUUCAUUCCACAUCUGUAACCAUAGCUACUAGAUAUUUUUUAUUUAUAUUCCUGUUUCUUUGUUCCAUUUUGAUCGAAGAGAUUGGAGCUGGGCAUUUUCAGAGCCUACACAAUAUGGGCUAUCUGAAUUCAGUAUUGUCUUGCUCGAGCCAGAUUCAUGCUGCCGAGGAGGCACCUGUUAGCGGGGGCGGACUAAGUCAGAAUGGAAAGUUCAGCUACGGGUAUGCUAGCUCCCCAGGGAAGAGAUCUUCAAUGGAAGAUUUCUACGAGACACGAAUAGAUGGCGUGGAAGGAGAAAUAGUUGGCCUAUUUGGCGUUUUUGAUGGUCAUGGGGGUGCACGGGCUGCUGAGUAUGUUAAACACCAUCUUUUUAGUAAUCUGAUCAGGCAUCCAAAGUUCAUAUCAGAUACCAAAUCAGCAAUAGCUGAUGCAUACAACCAUACAGACACAGAAUUUCUGAAGUCAGAAAAUAACCAAAACAGAGAUGCUGGAUCAACUGCUUCCACUGCCAUCCUAGUUGGCGACCGUUUACUUGUUGCAAAUGUGGGUGAUUCUAGAGCUGUUAUUUGCCGGGGUGGCACUGCCAUUGCUGUCUCCCGAGAUCAUAAGCCUGACCAAACUGAUGAGCGACGACGAAUUGAGGAUGCUGGAGGAUUUGUGAUGUGGGCUGGAACUUGGAGAGUUGGAGGUGUUCUUGCUGUUUCACGUGCAUUUGGUGAUAGAUUGUUAAAGCAAUAUGUCGUCGCUGACCCUGAAAUUCAGGAGGAAAAGAUUGAUAGCUCGCUCGAGUUUCUUAUACUUGCAAGUGAUGGGCUGUGGGAUGUCGUCUCUAACGAGGAAGCUGUUGCAAUGACUAAACCGAUCCAGGACCCAGAAGAGGCAGCGAAGAGGUUGAUGCAGGAAGCGUAUCAGAGAGGCAGUGCAGACAACAUUACUUGUGUCGUUGUUCGUUUCUUGGAAAAUCAAGGAAGUCCUUCUCGCGGAACUUCCGGGUAAGAACAGUUUUCCUAGCUUUCACCUUCUGGUCCUGACUCGUCCGAAAAGUCUCGACUGAACCACGGUAAUGUUCGGGUGGUUCUUAGUCAUAGGAAAUUCCAGUAACAUUGUUGAUUGUACUUAUAAGAAGAAUAGACAUAACGAAAAGUUUUCAGGUUGGUUUUGUGGAAGACGGUGGUUUGAGUUGCUUCCUACGUAGUCUUUACUUAGCUUCCUACCCGGAGGUUGUAGAAAUGUGCAUUGGUUAAAUUGUAAAGAGUCUUAAUGGAAAUGGUUAUUGUUUUGUGUUGUCUCCAACCCUUUCUAAUAUAAUUGGCCUUUUUAUUUUUUAA